CAGAACGUUGAGACCUCGGCAGUGUUGCAGAAGGGCUUCCAGCGGGAGAGGUCAAAUAGACAUGCAGGCCUCUGAAGACCAUGCCGCUGGUGAAGAUAGGGCAGAGGAUACUGUUAGUGAGUCAGGUGUCCCUGGAUCCGCUGAGAGGAGCGACUCUGCUGGAGCAGUGGGUGCGGCUCCCCAACGACUUGAAGAAGAAGGCGCUGUUGCCCCGGAACAUCCACAGAAUGAAGGGAACAUACAGGCCCAAGGGCAGGGUGGAGACGGCUCAGCCUCGGCCUCGACAUCGGCCUCAGCCAAAGACUCUGGGCGUGAUAUGAUGACCUUCGUACUGACCGUCCCUUUCCAGUAUGCCGCGCAUGCACAGGUCGCUCGCAGGUAUCUGGCACCUGUCGCUGAAUCUCUUCCACGUGGCGUUUACAGGGAGCUGUCAGUUAGCGACAGUGAUCUGAUCAUUGUACUAACUGCUGAGGAUCCUACCCUACUCGAGCAUUGCAUGGAUUCCUUGCUCAGGAGGCUGACCAAGAUGCUGCAGACCUUAAAUGGACUCAUGUAUCCCUUACGCUAUACACCUCAGUUGGAAAAGAUAUGGGAAAAGAUUUGAAUUUUCAUCCUGAAUCUUCUAACCUUUGGCAGUAUGUCUUUCCCUAGGGACUGAUUCCUAGGUGCUGUCAUCUAUGAGGGCCAUGAUUGGCUCUCUAAGCUGCCACUGGUACAUAAAUGUCUGCCAAUGCAAAAAUAAAGCUGAGUCCUUAUUGCA